CAAUUCAAAAUCCGAUUCAGUCGUUGGCCGCGCGCCCGAGCAACAAGUUAAGUUUCGCACCUGGCCAGGUGAUCGCGAUCGUAGCAGAUUUUUUCUUUUGCAGCCAUUUGAGUGGGCUUGUGUGUGCGUCUUUGGGAUUGUGUGUGUGAGCGAAGAAAAUCGGAAAGAAACAAAAUUACACGCUCUUCGCUUCCGACGAAAUCAACAAAUCACCUCUAUUUUCCAAAAAAUCGAGGGAAAACAUCCGAAAACAAAAUUCGUGCGAGAAAAAAGUGGCGAAAAUGAACUUUUUUGUGAUUGGGUUUCUCAUCAUGCAGGCUGCAAGAUUGGCUUGCGGGACGUGUGUUUUAAACUCCGAUUUUGGUUUCAUUCUCGAUUGUAACUUCAAAAAGUCUGGACUGUUUCGUGUCCGAAAUUUGGGUGGCCUCAAGGCCCAUUUCGGUUUAGGUUUCAGUCUGGGCGACGAGCUGGGCUUCCCGGAGUCUCUGGGCAACGUGGAGCCCGAUCGCCGGCGUGCCAUUAGCUACAAAAACGGAGCACCCCCCGAAAUGGUGGGCGUGCUGCCCUCCAACCAGCAACAGGCCAAUCCCCCAGUUCAGCACCCUUUGCCGGAGAAACGCAUCAGUUCACGCUCUACUGGAGCGGCGCCCUACAACCUGCAGCAAGUGCAGCAGCAGCAACACUUGCAACAAAAACAGCUGCAGCAGCAACUGAAGCUUAAACAGUUGCUUCUUCUGCAGCAGCAGCAGCAGCAGCAACAGCAGGCCCAUCUCAUGACCGAAGCGCGUCCAUUGCCACUUGGAGUUCCCGCUUUCCGGCCUAUUCCCCAGAAGCAGGCGGCCGCUGCAGCCGCUCCGGCUCCGACCACGGCAGAGAGGCGGGUGGCCGUGGACACCACGGAGCCCAGGGUCAGUGUCAACAACAAGCUUGUGGCAGCCAUCGAUAAACCGCAUUCGAAUCGUACCUUCCACGUAGCUAAUCCAGUGGUCUCUCAGCCUGCGGCAGUUCCAGUAUUCCAGGCGAUGCCGGAGUCCAUUGCCCGGAUCGCUAACGUGGGCAAGGAGCACCGAACUGUGGCCAGCCAUCCGAACUAUCUGCAGUUCGAAGAGCCAAAGUUCGACCUGAAAGACGUAACUAUUGAGGAACUGGCGGCCGCAGCAAAUGUCAGCGUGGAGACCAUCAAGCAUGCAAUUUACGUCCGGGAGCAGCAGCUGAAGGCGGAGCACCGGGCCCAGCUGGCGGCCAAGCUGAGGGAGGAGUUCAUGCGCACCUCCACGGUGAAGACAACGACCACGACGACGACAACAACUACUACGACCACCACGCCUCGCCCCCCCAAGUCGAUGGCUGAGCACAAGGUGUCCAAGGUGAUGAACGCCCCUAAGGAGUACUACCCUGUUGGCUAUGACAAGAAUUUCGAUGACAACUUCAAGUCCAAAGUGGACCUACCGCCUACGAGUUUCUCCUGCGCGAAACAGAAACAUUUCCCGGGUCUAUAUGCCGAUACAGAUCUUGGGUGUAUGGUCUUCCAUGUGUGCGCCCUCACCGAUGAUGGAAUGGUGCGCAAGUCCUUCCUGUGCCCAGAGAACACGCUCUUUGACCAGACGAUCCUGAAGUGCAACUGGUGGUUCUACGUAGAUUGCAGCUCCAGCACCAGUGUCUACGACUCGAACAUACCCAUCUCCAAGAGCUACCAGCUGAUGAAGUCGCUCACCUACUUCUCCAAGUUUGCCGGCGGGCAGAAAAAGGAGCAGGACGGCGACAAGGACGAAAACGCCCUGGACGUGGACACACUGCGGGAGUCGAUGGAGGGCGUGAUCCGUCGCCAGGAGCAGGCCAAGCGGGCGGAGCAGCGCGAGGAGGAGGAGCGCAGCCUGAGCCUGGCCCCCAAGGAGGACCACGAGCACGUGGUGCCCGCGGAGGGGGAGCAGCAGCUGUCCAACUAGGCCCCAGAGCCCAUCCCAACGCUAUCUGAGAUCUAGGUUAAGUGUUCACGAUCGAGCGUCUCUGGUCGGUUAGCCGUACGUAGUCAAGUCCCUUGCUCCAGCCAAUGGUGUUCAGUCGGUAGUCUCCUGCACAGAGAGAAAAAUAUCACAAAAAUGUGUUCUUUUUUGAAUUUAUUGCCAACAAAAGAACAUUUU